AUGAAAUAUGCGGAGAGAGAAAGCAGUGUUCAACAGGCCUGCGACUCUUGCCGGUUACGAAAAUUGAAAUGUUCAAAAGGAUUACCCCAGUGUCAUAAUUGCAAAGAACACAGUUGGAAAUGUGUUUAUUCACCUAAAGCUGUCAGAACUCCAUUAACAAGGGCGUAUUUAACGAGGGUAGAGAAAAGAGUCAAGGGUUUGGAAUCAUUAUUGAAAAGGCUUUUACCUGAAGAUGUAGAAAUUAACGAGCUUUUACGAACUAUUGAGAUUAAUAAAUCUCAUUCUAUAGACGAAGGUGAUAGCAGUGGCGGUGUAGAUGAUGUAAGUCAGCAAUUCUAUAGGCAAAUUAAUUUAACCUCCAAUGAGUUAAGCGAAAUUCCCAUUACUUUGAAAAAUAUCAACAGAAUAAGCCAAAAAAAGGCUAAAGAUAAUACUACUGAGAAGAAACGUGAGUUUCAACCUGAAGAUUAUUUGAUAAAUAUAGAAAAGAGUGAUCUAAAUUCUUUUGAUGAAAGAGAUGAUUUCAACAGUAAUUCCCAAAUUCUAUAUGACUCGAGUAUUGAUGGGAUGGCGGCUUUGUCAAAUGAUAUUGGUUUAAAUUUUGACAACUCAAAUGGGUAUUUCGGUAUCAACUCAAGCAAUGGUUUAUUAAAAUUUUUACAAGCUAAAUCGAGGAAGAAUGGGAAUGGUAUACUCAAAUUGAACAAUUAUAAUUAUGAUUUUAAUAAUGAAGAAAACGACAAUGACCAUAUAUUAGAUGACGAAAUUAAUAAUAUUUGGAAAUCCAUUAAUAGCGGUAAAAUUGAAGACUUAUUGGAUAAUCUAAACUUUCAGUCCAUUAUGGUUAAUUCUUUCUUUGAAAAUUACUACAAAGUGUAUCCUUUCAUUAACAAAAAGAAAUUUCUCUCUGAAUAUUCAGCUUUUAUUGAGAGACAAGAAUCAAGAUACAAUGAAUAUGAUCUUGAUAUUAACGAAGACGAUAAUAAAGUGUUGAGCUUUCAAGUGUUAUUGAAUACAGUAUUAGCUAUUGGUGUUUGGUGUAAGGUAGGAGAGAAUUCCAAGAUCCAUACUUUCUACUACCAAAGGGUUAAAGGUUUCAUUCAACUCUUGAAUAUCUUCGAAUAUAGUGAUACUCAAUUAUUGGAAAGUUUUGUGCUUUUAAGUAACUAUGUCCAAAAAACGAAUAAGCCUAACACAGGUUGGAGCUAUUUGGGUCUAUCAACUAGGAUUGCUACAAGCUUAGGUUUGCAUAAAGAAGUUCGAAUUGAUAAGCAUGAUUUUAAUAGUGCUGAUAAGCUAGGACUCUUUGAAGAUAUUGAAACUAGGAAAAGGUUAUGGUGGGGGAUGUAUUUUUUUGAUGUAGGUACUACUUUGACAUUUGGAAGACCAUUGACAAUCCCUCCUUUAGGUACUAUUGAUUUAGAACCGGUGUCAAAUAUUGAUGACAACCUAUUAAAUGGUAGUAAAAAUAUUGAAGAGUGUAUUGUGACUUAUCCAACUAUUUACACCACAUUGAUUUAUGAGUCUGAACUUACAAAACUAUCUACAAGAAUCUAUAACUAUAAUUCUAGUGUAUUAAAAUUGAAAAAUGACAAGUCUAAAAUGAUAGGUCUAUUAGAUAUGAAUGAAUUGUUAGAGAACUUUGUUAAGAAUUUACCACUGUGUUUUGAUGAAAACGAUGAAAAAUCAUACGCAUACGUAUUGAAUAGCUGGUCUAGUAAUCAUUAUGAUAAUGAAAAUCAAUCAAUUCCGAAAUGGUUUGCGGUAUCAAGGUUAAGGCUCAUAUGUAGGUAUAAAAAUCUACAAAUGCUAAUAUUUAGAUAUAUUUUGUGGGAGUCAACUAAUGAUAAUUCAUUUGAUUUAUCUUAUCUAAAUUUGAUAAAGAAGUGCCGUAAAGCUUGCUUCAAGUCCUCGGUUGAGACUGUUGUAUUAAUUGAUAAUUUCAUCAAAAGGAAUGAACUAGAUUACUUGUCGUCUUGGUAUGCCACGUAUUUCCUUUUCCAGGCAAUACUAAUUCCCAUUCUAAAAUUAGUGAUUAAUGAUAACUCAAAGGGCAGCGUAGAUGAUGAAUAUUAUUCUAAUAAUGAAGAAUUAUUCAACUACAUUGAGCUUUCACGGUUAAGCUUUGAUAAACUAAAGAAGUUCAAUAAGCUAGCUGGAAAAUUUAGCAAAUUAAUAGACACAUUGAUCUACGAUAAAAUAGAUGCUGUUGAUUUUAUGUCUCAAUGGAAUGAUGAUAAUAUAAGUAAUCUUGACCUGGUUAACAACCUUGACGAUUUAUUUCAAUUUGAUACGAAAUUUUUCAACCUGGAUAGUUAA